AUGAAAGCCAUGAAUCCUUUUGCCAUUGUAUUUGAACCCUAUCGAGCUAAGGCCUCGUCCAAAGUGUUCACUCUUGAAUCUUUCAUUGCAGCUUGUAAGAUUGGUGAAAAAGUUUUGAAGGAAAUUUCAUCCGAAGAUCUCAUGAUCAGUAUUAUGGUGAAGGAAUACAAAAACAAGGCUCUACAUGAUUACGAGACGUUGAUGUUAAGGUUAUCAUUUCCAAUGUCUGGUGCAAGUUUGAAGGAGUGUCAUGAACAAAAUGCUUUAAAAUCGGCUAUAGAAAAUAUCAUGUCUCUUCCCAUGCUAAAGAUCUUAAUGAAUGACCAUCAAAUACAAGAUUUGAUUUCUCGUGUGAACUCUUCCAUUCAGAAAGAGAAAUACUCAACCGAUCUUCAUGGAAAUUCCUACUCAGCUCAAGAAUGGUUUGUAAUGAAAACAAUACAGCCACUCGCGAGAAAGGUACAGAAAUUCGAAACGAAAUGA